AUGAACUCCACUUUCAUAGAAACAAGUACUUUUCCUCAGACAGGAAGCCCUAAUUUUAUUUUUCCCCUUUCCCACUCACAUAUGAUGACUCAAGAUUAUAGUUAUAAUUUUCAAGAUUUUGAAUCUUCUUCAUUUCUAGAUCAACUUCUUGUUGAUUAUUCUCCAACCAAUAACAAUACUUGUCUUUUAGAAAAUCACUCACAUAUGAUGACUCAAGAUUAUAGUUAUAAUGGAAGUUCUGCCAAUUCCUUUUAUGCCACACCACCAAACAUUAAACACUUGAAAGAAAAAUCCAAAGUGGGGAUCAUAAAGAAAGAGAUCCAGAAGAAUGAAAAACAUGUUAUUGCUUUUAGAACAAAGACUCAACUUGAGAUCUUGGCUGAUGGAUAUAAAUGGAGAAAGUAUGGCAAGAAGAAGGUGAAAAGUAACAAAAAUUAUUUGAGGAAUUACUACAAAUGUUCAAUUCAAGGAUGCGAGGUAAAGAAGAAAGUCGAAAGAGAUGGACAUGAUUCAAGCUAUUUGAUUACUACAUAUGAAGGCAAACACAAUCAUGAAGUCAACUCCUCUAUCAUUAAUUUACAAUCAUGUAAACGCGGAUUCAGAAUUUGAAUUGAAUUUCAUCAAAGAAGAUAGCAAAGACUAACCAAAUUUUAUUUCUAUCGUUGAACCAAGAAACUCAUUUGUUACUAGGUUCCAACAACGACUACUUUGUGAUUUUAGCUAGUGUACAAAUAUAUAUAGAUAUAGGACAUUAUAUUGUUUCAUUAGUAAUAUAUCGUGUGUGAUAUAUGUCAACUUUUCUCAGUUUACAGUCAACAUAUAAUUGUAAUCUUAUAUAGUUGACCAGCUAUGCGAAACAAUAUUGU